AUGUCUUCCUCGGCCACCACCAAACCAGCCCUCCAGCAGUGGCACGUCACGGAGCCGUACGUGCACCCGCACUGCGGGCUGGGCGAGGGCCCGUACUACGAGGCGGCGACCAACAGCGUGCGCUUCGUCGACAUCAAGAAGCAGCGCGUGCACGCCGUUUCGCUGGACGCGGGGCCGGGCUCGCUGAUCACAAUCCAGCUCGACACGCCCGUGUCGGUCACCGCCGACAUCGCCGGUAUCGACCCGCGCGACCGGAUCCUGAUCGGCGCCAAGUACGGCAUCGCCGUGCUGGACCGCCGCGCCGGCACCUACGAGUACGUCGCCCGCUUCGCCAGCGGUGUCGACAAUGAGAGGCUGCGCGGCAACGACGGCGCUGUCGAUCCCCAUGGACGCUUCUGGCUGGGCACCAUGUCGGAUAUUGGGCUUCAUCUCCAGGCCGAAGGCCACCUCUACCUCUUCACUGGCACGCGCACAGCGGCGCAGUCGAUGCGACACCCCGUCACGAUCCCCAACUCGGUGGGCUGGUCGCCGGACAACAAGACCAUGUACUUCACGCACUCGACGGAGCGCACCGUCUACGCGUGGGACUACGCACUCUCAGACGGUGGCCUGUCCAACGAGCGCGUCUUCUACCGGCACGAGGGCCCCGGGGAGCCCGACGGCUUUCGCGUCGACGUCGAGGGGUACAUGUGGCACGCCGUGUACGGCGAGUCGCGCGUGCUCAAGAUCAGCCCUGCAGGCGCGCUCGUGGGGCAGGUCAACCUGCCUACCCAAAAUAUCACCUGUGUGCAGUUCGUUGGCACUGAGCUGUUCAUCACUACGGCCAGCAUGGAGAAGGGCGAGGGCCCUGAGGAAGCGGUCGAGCUGAGCGGCGCGUUGUAUCGGGUUGAUGUGGGGGUCAGGGGACUGGAUCCGUUCGAGUUCAAGAUGGACAACUAA